AUAUUUAUUAUAAAAAAAGAUUUUUAACUCAAUCAUUACUUUAUUAUAAUCGUUUACUUGAUUGUCAUUUUCAAAAGAAACCGUUCGAUGAAACUAUUAUUGCAGAAAUCUAUGAAAAAAUUGGAAAAAUUUAUUUAAAGAAAACGUAUAUUGCUGAUAGUUUAUUAUAUUAUAGUAAAUUAAAUAAUAAAUCAUUGAGUAAAAAAUUUGAAGAUAUAAAUGAUGUUUGUUUUGAAAAACGUCAUUUAGAUAAUGCAUUGAAUUAUUUUGAAAAAGAUCUGAAACAACAAAUUGAAAAUAAUUCUACUAAUGAUACAUUAUUAAGUGAAACGUAUACAAUCUUAGGAAACAUUUGUUUAGAACAACGAAAUCUUGACAAAGCAUUACAUUAUUUUCUUAAACUAUUAGAUACGAAAUUAAUGAAUAAAACACCUGAAGAUUCCUCACUAUCAGAAAUCUAUGAAAUAAUUGCAAUAAUUCAUUUAGAAAAAGCAAAUUACAAUAAAUCAUUAAUUUAUUUUAAUCGAUUUAUGGAUUGUGAAUUAUUAACUAAAUCAUUUGAUCAUCCUUUAAUUGGUAAUGUUUAUAAAACAAUUGGAAGAAUUUAUUUAAGAAAGGAUCCUUUUGAUCAAACAACAAAUUAUUUAUUAAAAAAUCAAACAUUAGAUUCGAAAGUAAAUUUAACAAAUAUUCAACCUGAUAAACGUCAUUCUCAACGAACUACUCUUUAUUUUUAUAAUUUAUUAAAAAAACAGAUUAAUAAUAAUAAAAUAUCAAUAGAUUUUACAAUAGAACAAAUUUAUACAAUUAUGGGAAAUUUAUUUUUAGAACAACAAAAUACAAAUCAAGCUUUAACAUAUUAUUAUCAAUUACUUUAUUAUCAAUAUAAAACAAAUCGUUAUAAAUAUUUCGCAUUAGGUCAAACAUAUGAAAUUAUUGCUAAUAUUUGUUAUAAAAAACAAGAUCUUAAAUCAGCUUUACAAUACUAUCGACAAGCACUAACUUUAUAUCAACAAACUUUUCCAAGAAAUCAACAUUUAAUUAACCAAAUUAAAAAUCAAAUUCGAUCAAUUAUCACACCUGUUGUUUAA